AUGGACCAAAAGAACGCCUUCCAGGCGCUGUCAAGCGAUAAUCGCGGUGGUAUCAUCACCUUGACCUCGGUAUCCCUUCUGAUUGUGGCUGUAAUCUUUGUGCUCGCUAAGAUCGGUUCGGUGAUUUAUUUCAAGCAGCGACGGACAUCAGUCAAUACUCCCAUCUGGGUUGCUUUGAUUCUUGCAAUUGUUCAAGUCGUUGUCUUACAGAAGGCUGUUGACCAUGGACUGGGAAAGCACCAGGACCGGCUUAGCGAAGGCGAUAUCCAGGCAUGGAACAAGUUCGCCUUCGCUGCUCAUAUUCUGCUUAUCAUUGUCUUGUCGCUUUCGAAAAUGUCGACCAUCCUGCUGGUUUGGAAGCUCACGCCGAGUAAGAGCCUCCGUCGCAGCUGUGCUGUCACCGCUGGUAUAGUUGUCGGGUGGUCGAUAUUCGGAAUGUUGAGUAUAGCUUUCCAGUGUGAAUUGCCGGAUCCGUGGCUAUACUCCCCCGAGCGAUGUGCUGGAGAGGGUGCCCUAUUCUACCCGAUCGCAGUCUUCAACAUCCUCACAGAGAUUAUGAUUGUUGUACAGCCAUUUGUUAUGAUGCAGAAUGUCCAGAUGGUCUGGCACAAGCGGGUGAAGAUUCUGUGUUCUUUCUCUUUGCGCCUAAGUAUCGUCGGCCUCGGAAUCGCCCACCUAGCCCUCAUACCUUCAUUCGUUCACUCAACCGAACGUCUCCUAUUCCCGAAGGGAUUUGGGCUCGAGCUCCCGCAGACCAAGGCCAGCGAGAGUAUCAACCAAUCCUACUCGGGAGCAACCCAGUCGCAUUUGCGGUCGCGGUCGCGGUCGCUUGAACGCUCGAGGAAGAAUGGACGGUCAAUGUUUGAUGGAUGGGGAGGUGGGACCGGGGUUGUCACCAGGGUUUCGUGUCGGGAUUCGAACCAGAAUUAUGAGGGUGGCCGGCAGUCUAAUUCAAGCGAGGGGACUGAGAGUACGCGGCAUUUGACACAGGGACUCCAAGGGAAGGGAGCCGUGCUUAGGACGGUGGAUAUCACGGUGGAGGUUGAGGAGCAUCAUCGGGACCGGCUUUGA